GUGCUGGCACCUGGGAAGAUGCAGCUGCCGAGCAGGAGCUUGUGGCUCYGGAGCCUUUCCCCAGGUUUUGGCAYGCUSAGUCCUUGCUAAUUGUGGGAGCACUCGUGGAUUUUGUGGUUGUCUCCUGGAGCUGGUGGUUCCUCCAGGACUGAGAGGAAGGAUAACCUUCAAUGCCGAACUCGGUUUUAGCGGGGGCAGAAGAGGAUUGUGCCUGCUUAUGAGGAGAGCUCAUACCUUGACAGUCUUGUUCAUCCUCACAUGUGCGCUGGGCUACGUAACCCUGCUGGAAGAGACUCCCCAGGACACAGCCUACAACACAAAGAGAGGAAUCGUCGCCAGCAUUUUGGUUUUCUUGUGUUUCGGGGUGACACAAGCUAAGGAUGGACCAUUCUCAAGGCCUCACCCAGCUUACUGGAGGUUUUGGCUGUGUGUCAGCGUGGUCUACGAGCUCUUCCUCAUCUUCAUCCUCUUCCAGACCGUGCAGGACGGGAGGCAGUUCAUGAAGUACAUCGACCCCCACUUAGGGGUUCCUCUGCCAGAGAGAGACUACGGGGGCAACUGCCUGGUUUAUGAYCCUGGCAAUGAGACUGAUCCCUUCCACAACAUCUGGGACAAGCUGGAUGGAUUUGUUCCUGCUCACUUUUUUGGCUGGUACCUGAAGACUCUGAUGAUUCGGGACUGGUGGAUGUGCAUGAUCAUCAGUGUCAUGUUUGAGUUCCUGGAGUACAGCCUGGAGCACCAGCUCCCAAACUUCAGUGAAUGCUGGUGGGAUCACUGGAUAAUGGAUGUGAUCUUAUGUAACGGGUUAGGAAUUUACUGCGGGAUGAAGACCCUGUCCUGGCUCUCCUUGAAAACCUACAAGUGGCAAGGACUCUGGAACAUUCCAACCUACAAGGGCAAGAUGAAGAGGAUCGUGUUCCAGUUCACCCCGUACAGCUGGGUGAAGUUUGAGUGGAAGCCGGCCUCCAGCCUGCGCAGGUGGCUCGCAGUCUGUGGCAUCAUCUUUGUGUUUUUAUUGGCAGAGCUGAACACGUUUUACCUGAAGUUUGUGCUCUGGAUGCCCCCCGAACACUACUUGGUGCUGCUACGCCUCGUGUUUUUUGUCAACGUGGGAGGAGUGGCCAUGAGGGAGAUCUACGACUUCAUGGAUGACCCGAAGUUCCACAAGAAGCUGGGCCAGCAGGCCUGGCUGGUCGCUGCUAUUACUGCCACGGAGUUCCUGAUUGUCGUCAAGUACGACCCCUACACGCUCACCCUGUCCCUGCCCUUCUACAUCACCCAGUGCUGGAUCCUGGGGAUUAUCCUGGUGCUCACCUGGACAGCCUGGCGCUUCUUCAUUCGGGACAUCACCCUGCGCUACAAGGAGAUCCGGCGGCAGAAGCAGGAGCACARACACGACAAGGACAAAUGCCUGAGCAACGGGGACAGACACCCAGCCCUGCUGGACGAGCCCGACGGGAGCAAACUCCGGGAGAGGAAGCUCUGAGCGCGGCCGCGGCGCCCGCAGGAACUGGUGGUGCCCGAGCGGGCCCGGUGCGCAGUCCCAACCUUAUCCU